AUGCCCCCGCCUAGGAAAAAAAAGCGGAAGACGAACAGGGAUGAAUCAUCACGCACAUCCCAAGAUGCCACUCCAAAAUGUAUCUUCUGUGGGCGAGUAGAGAAUGAUACAUCCAAGUACGGAGAGCUCCUGACUAAUGAUCAAGAGAAAAUAACAACACAUCAUUAUUGUUUGCUCUUGUCCAGUGGUGUGCCGCAGAGAGGCCAAGACCAUCAGGGCUUCUACGGGUUCCUCUAUCCUGAUGUGAGAAAAGCAGCGAGUCAGGCAGCAGAGACGCCUUGCACAAUAUGUAAAAAAAGAGGUGCUUCAAUACACUGCAGCAUUAAAACCUGUGAACAACUUGUUCACUUUCCUUGUGGCCAGGAGAAUGAAUUUAUUUUCCAGUUUUACAAGCAGUUUCAAUCGUUUUGCUCAAAACAUCGGCCUGUUCAAAAAAUAACUAAAACACCAAAGGAAAAUCUCAGUGUAUGCACAAUAUGCUUGGAAGAGCUAACACCUGCUCCUGCUCAUGAGGUGAUAAAAAGUCCCUGCUGUAAGAACACAUGGCUGCAUAGGACUUGUCUGCAGAUGCAGGCACUGAAUGCAGGCAAAUACCAUCUAAAGUGUCCUGUAUGUCAAAAUCUGACUCAUUUUCAGGAAGAGUUGCUUCGUAUGGGCAUAUACAUCCCACACAGAGACGCAUCGUGGGAAUUAGAAGCCAAUGCCUAUAGGGAACUUCUCCAAGUUCACGAACAAUGUGACGUAGACCCUUGCCUGUGUGAUUCAGGACGAAAUUACAGCGAGACCGGAAGUCAGUGGUUUCUAAUACGCUGCAACUGCUGUGGGUCAUCGGGGACACACCUGGCUUGUUCAGCAUUGUCAACAGCUGAUUGCACCUGGACUUGUGGAGAUUGCUCACCCAUCCUUGAUAAACCUAAUGCUGAAGAAGAGUUGUUGAAUGAUGCAGUAAUGCCAUCCACUAGUAGUGUGCAUGAACACCCUGCAGUAACAUCUGGAGGAGAGACAAGUUCUCGUGUAAGAGGCUUUAAAAUGAUCACCACCCGGAGGACCAGAAGAACACCUUUAGAACGUGCCAACCCUAAGCCCGCAGGGGGCAAAAAACAUCAUUAAAGUUUAGGCACAGAGUGGGGUCUCCAUCCCCCAUCCCCCACUCUCUUGUAGUUGGCCACAUUUGCUGACUGGGGACACUUGAGCCAACAGACCACCAUCUGCUACUGACUGCCAUAUUUGAAGAACUGGAUGCAGUCCUCUUAUGCAACGUUAUUGAUAACA